AUGGAUUCCACUUGGGGAACUCAAGGUGAUUUCACGACGUCUCAUCCACUUCCUCAAGUCAAAGUGAAACUCUAUGCUGAAGCAUCUGGAUUAUUGAGCUUGGAGGCUGGCAAAGAACUUGGACGGGUAUGUCACUGUUCAAGAAUAACCUUAUUUCACUUUGGAAACAUUUCAUUUUGGAAACAUGACUGA